GCGCGGAAAGUGGCGAGGCCCCAGAGGCCCCCAUUUAUAGCUCGGUUUCCACUGAGCGCAGUCCCUCCAGGACCUGGGCUGAGCAAGUUUCUUCCACUCUUUCCCUUCCCUCCUCCUCACCCCCAUGCCUGCCCCUCAACCUUGGCAGGGCGCAGGUGUCCAACCCAGCCCGGACCCCCUCCUGGAACCCAGGUGUUCUGGCUCCCAGACCCCAAUUGAACUGGGGGCGUCCACCCGCCGGGGGACCCCGCCCUGCAUCCCCCAUUCAUCCGCGUCCAGCCCCGGGAGUUUCUCAAUGGGAAGAGGGCGGAGCUCCCAGGAGGCGGACCCGGGCGGGGCGAUCUGGAUUGGGCCCUCUUGGGGUCUCCCAGAGACCCAGGGCGCGGAACUGGCAGGCGUUUCAGAGCGUCAGAGGCUGCGGAUGAGCUCACUUGGAGGACUCCAGGCCAGAGACAGGGGUUCUCUAGGCUGGGGCGAAGAGUCGAGCGCGAAGGGGGCUCCGGGCCAGGGUGACAGGAGGAGUGCUUCCGAGGAAGAAGUUGACAGGGAGGCCCGUGCGACUGCAAAUCUCGUGAACCUUGGGGGACACACGCUCAGGAUGCCGGUCCCCGCCCUCCUCGUCCUGCUCUUCUGCUUCAGAGGGAGCGCAGGGUGGUCCCGGUACUGGAUAUCAGGGAAUGCAGCCAAUGGCCAGCAUGACCUCCACAUUAGGCCCGUGGAGCUAGAGGAUGAAGCAUCAUAUGAAUGUCAGGCUACACAAGCAGGCCUCCGCUCGAGACCAGCCCAACUGCACGUGCUGGUCCCCCCAGAAGUCCCCCAGGUGCUGGGCGGCCCCUCUGUGUCUCUCAUUGCUGGAGUUCCUGUGAACCUGACAUGUCAGAGCCUUGGGGAUGCCCGCCCUACCCCUGAAUUGCUGUAGUUCCGAGAUGGGGUCCGGUUGGAUGGAACCACCUUCCAUCAGACCCUGCUGAAGGAAGGGACCCCUGGAUCAGUGGAGAGCACCUUAACCCUGACCCCUUCCAGCAAUGAUGAUGGAGCCACCUUGGUCUGCAGGGCCCGGAGCCAGGCCCUGCCUGCAGGAAGGGACACAGCUAUCACACUGAGCCUGCAGUACCCCCCAGAGGUGACUCUGUCUGCUUCACCACACACUGUGCAGGAGGGAGAGAAGGUCACUUUCCUGUGCCAGGCCACAGCCCAGCCUCCUGUCACAGGCUACAGGUGGGCAAAAGGGGGCUCCCCGGUGCUCGGGGCCCGCGGGCAGUUGGAGGUCGUGGCAGACGCCUCGUUCCUGACUGAGCCCGUCUGCGAGGUCAGCAAUGCCGUGGGUAGCGCCCACCGCAGCACUGCGCUGGAUGUGCUGUUUGGGCCGACGCAGGCAAAGCCAGAGCCCCUGUCCGUGGACGUGGGGGAAGACGCCUCCUUCAGCUGCGCCUGGCGCUGGAACCCGCUUCCACGGGUAACGUGGACCCGCCGCGGUGGCGCGCAGGUGCUGGGCUCUGGAGCCACAUUGCGCCUUCUGUGUGGGCCGGAGGAGGAAGGCGACUAUGUGUGCAGGGCUGAGCCUGGGCUCUCGGGCCAGUGGGGCGGCGCCGCGGAGGCUCGGCUGACUGUCCCAGCUCCCCCAGUAGUGACCGCCCUGCACUCUGAGCCUGCCUUCCUGAGGGGCCCUGCUCGCCUCCAGUGUCUGGUUUUCGCCUCUCCCGCCCCAGAUGCCGUGGUCUGGUCUUGGGAUGAGGGCUUUCUGGAGGCAGGGUCGCGGGGCGGGUUCCUGGUGGAGACAUUCCCUGCCUGGGAGAGCCGCGGGGGACAGGGUCCGGGCCUGAUCUCUGUGCUACACAUUUCGGGGACUCAGGAAUCUGACUUUAGCAGGAACUUUAACUGCAGUGCCCGGGAACCGGCUGGGAGAGGAGGUGCCCGGCCCAGCCUGGGCCGUAGAGACCUGCUGCCCACUGUGCGGAUAGUGGCCGGAGUGGCCGCUGCCACCACGACUCUCCUUAUGGUCAUCACUGGGGUGGCCCUCUGCUGCUGGUGCCACGGCAAGGCCUCAGCCUCUUUCUCCGAGCAAAAUAACCUGAUGCGAAUCCCCGGCAGCAGCGACGGCUGCAGUUCGCGAGGCCCUGAAGAAGAGGAGACAGGCCGCUGCAAGGACCGGGGCCCCAUUGUGCACACUGAUGACAGUGAUCUGGUUCUGGAGGAGGAAGGGACUCUGGAGACCAAGGUGAGUGUUGGGAGGGGUGGGGCUCCCUUCACUGUUGGGAGAGGUGGGGCUCCCUUCACUGUGUUUCCAUCUCUCUCCCAUGCCUGUCUCCUCUUUUUUCCUUCUGUUGUCCUCAGAACUGGGACUCAGCUCCUCACUCCACUCCUCCUGCCCCCUGGACCAUCUCACCUAGCUCGCAGCUUCAGUUUGCCUACCUGCAGAGUCUGCCCACACAUCUGUCCCAGCCCCAGCCUCCAUCUGGAGCCCCAGAUGGGGGUCACUAUGCCUGUGCUCUCCUCAUCACAGUCAAGCCCCCUUUCAGCCCCUUUAUACUGGCCCCAUAUCUCCCCAAACCUGUCCUUCCUCUGGGAUCCUACCUCAGGACAGCCACAUUGAUUCCAGGCCAUCCCCAGGCCACAGCACUUCUCUCUCUCCUCUGUACCUAGCACAUGCCAUUCUCUAUCUU